GAAUAGAACGAGUACUAACUAGAAGCUUGCUUCAGCGAUGGGCGACACGAGAGUCCAGGGUCUCUACGCAGCGUUGCACGCAGCCUUUCCAAGCCUGCCCAUCACGCCCAAGAUACUUUUGCGCCCGCCGUUCCCGCUCCUGCACACGGUCUGCGUCACUGCGUUUGGAGACAUCGGGGUCUUUAGCGCCACGCAGCUCUCGCUCGCGCGUGUCACGACCCGCGAGCUCAAGGCAGCCUUCCUCACGCGUGCCCUGGCACUCGUGACGUUUGCCCUCGAGGCCACGAAGCCGAGAGGCGACUACGUCUCGGUGCUCUUCCUCGUGAGCCCCGUGCAGGUGCUCGCGGGGCUCGAGGUCGACCGGACGCACGAAUUUCUACACCAGAUCGUCGUCGCCGCGCGCUUGCCGCGGGCUGCGCUUGCAACCGCCACCGAGCGCGUCACAACGACCGGGGAGCGGCGGCUGUACACGACGGCGGUGACCUUCAGGCGUGGCCUCAUGCAGGGCCAAGCCGCCGUGCGCCGGUUCCUUGCGCGCAAGCGGCUCGAGCCCGCGGUUGGCACUCGCUUUCUCAAGGAAUUUGACGGCUUCGGUGUGUUCGAAGGCGUGGUCCAGAGCAAAGCUGGCAGUACGUACGUCCUUUCGUACCCUGCCGACGGCGACGAAGAAGAGCUCGAGCUGGACGAGCUCCUGCGCGUGCUCGCGCGUAGCCACGAGCUGGAGGCGCUCCAAGAGACAUCCAAAAACGAGGCGAACGACACACCAACCGAGGCGAUGGACAUACCAACCGAGGCGAGUGCUGGAAAAGAAACACUGCCGACAGACAACAACCUCUUCAAGGCCCUCGAGGCCGAGCUGCGCGCAACGGCGACAGUGACCGAAACCACUACGAGCACAGUGGACGACGACACCAACCAGCACCAAGAGCCCCCGAUGCCAGCAUGGCGAGCCAAGCUCCUGACCUUGAUGAGCACGGAAACGUCGAGCCACGACAUCAACAACGAGGUCACGAGCAGUAGCGAGAAGGAGCCUCCGGUCCGACUCGAUGAAGCGGCGAUUCUAUCGCUUGCGCCGCCGUCGCUCCCGAAACUUCAAGUGCCCGGUGGCCACGCGCAGUGGGCCAAGCGUCUCAAGCUCUCCAAGGGCACCAGCGUGCCGCGACUGCCGGCCGUCACGUCAUCACAACCAUUGCCGAAAGCGGCCGUGGCCAGGCCGUCGCCGCGCCCCAAUAACCAAAAACAGAGUCCGCCGCGGCACAAGGCACUCCUGCACUCGCUCGGCGACCCCCACGAGCACACCUUUCACGACUACGAGUCCCGCGGCAAAUCCAAAAUCAUUUACAAGAUCAUCCAGCGCAUCGACCGCCACUUGCGGCGAAAACACCUGCGCGUCAUCGACCUCUUCCGGUACUGCGAUGCUGACAGCAGCGGCGGCAUUUCGCGCGACGAGCUCGAAGACGUGUUGAAGCAGCUCGACAUUCAGCUGCCGCCCGCCGAGCUCCACGUGGUCAUGGCGCACCUCGACAAGAACGGCAACGGCGUUCUGGACAUUGAUGAGUUUGAGAGCCUCGUACGCAUGAACCGGCGCACGGACGCGCGGCGCGACCAGCUCCGGCGCGAGUUCCCACACGUGGUCCACUCGGCCCUCGAAGCGUCCCACCAAAUGCUGCUCGACAACUGGGCCAUCAACGUCAAGAAGCUCUUGCCGUACAAAGACGUUAUUCUGUCGGCAGCGCGUGCGGUCGACAAGGCCGAGACGGGCAGCAUCCCCGUGGCGGCGCUCCACCACAUUUUACGGUCCAUCUCGAUGCCCAAAGUACGCAAGGAGAUUCUCGACGACUUUUUGACGCUCGUCCGACCCGUGCACAACCUCGUGCUGGUCUCGGCGAUCGAGAGCGUCUUUGCCGACAAGCCCAAGCGCGACAACAAGUUCCUCGACCACACGUGGCUCGCGCAGUUUGAUGCGCAAAUGGACAAGGUCCGGGACCUCGGCCUCUGAGAAACCAGCAAAAAGGAUGCAAAUACAACUCGAUAAGGGUAUAUAGUGUGGGAUCAACAAC